AUGAAUAUGCAACUAGGUUAUAAAAAAUCUCUUUCAACCGUAAUUGGUAUUCGAAUGGGUAAUGCAAACAGUUCUAUUUCUUAUAUAAAUGAUAGUGGAAAAGUUAUUAUUAUUACAAAUGAAGAAGGAGAACGUCAAAUCCCUUGCGUUCUUUCAUAUUUGGAUGGAGAAGAAUAUCAUGGUUCUCAAGCAAAAGCACAGCUUAUAAGGAAUUCAAAAAAUACAAUUACUUAUUUUAAAAAUUUUUUUGGAAAAAAGAUUGAAUGUGCUAGUUUGCAUAUUUCAGGGUAUUCUGCAGAACCUAACAUUUUAGACAAUGAAAUAGUCUAUACAAUUAUAUCUGGUUCUGGAAAUGAAUAUGAAAAACGAAUAAUUACUCUUAAUGAAGUAAUGAUUUCUCAUUUAAAGUACUUAAAAAAUUGUGCAGUAGAAUAUAUAGGAAAAGAUGUUACUGAUUCAGUUUUUUCUAUUCCCCCUGAUUUUUCUUUUUCACAAAUAGAACUUUUAAAAAAAUGUGCAGAAAAAGCUGGUUUAAAUAUUCUUCAAGUUAUAAAAGAGCCAGUUGCUGAAAUCUUGGCGUAUUCGGAUGGUAUUGAUUCUUUAGUUUUAGCUGAUAAAAUAUUUGUCGUUGCUGAUUUUGGAGAAAUGACAAGUAGUGCUACUGUUGUUGUAUGUAGAAAUGGUCUAUAUACAAUUUUAGCAACGGAAACCGAUUAUAAUUUAGGUGGAAGACUUCUUGAUGAUUGUCUUAUUGAGUAUUUUGUAAAAGAAUUUCAAAAAAAAUAUAAUCUGGAUCCUAAACAAGAUUUAAGAGCUAUGGCCAAAUUAAGAACUGAAUGUGAAACAACUAAAAAAAGUUUAAGCUCUAGUAGCGUUUGUACGAUUAGCGUCGAAUGUAUGUUUGGUGGAUAUGAUUUUUACUCUAGUAUAAACAGAGUACGUUUUGAAAUGUUGGGAAGAUAUGUUUUUAAUAAAAUGCUCGCACUUGUUAAAAAUGUUCUCAAAAAGGCUCAAACCGAGAAUUUUGAUAUAGACGAAGUUAUUCUUGCCGGAGGCUCUUCUCAUAUACCUAAAAUAUUAGAGAUGUUCGGCUAUAUUUUUCCAGAAAAAACUUUAAUUCGUACACAAUCUUCACAAACUUCUAUGCUUAGUCCUUCGGACAUUGAAUGUUAUGGUACAGCUAUUCAAGCAUCAUUAAUAUCUUCCCUUGAUAAAGAAGAUAUUUCGGAUUUAAUAAAUCCUAAUAUAACUUUAAUACCACAUUUAUUGAAUCCUAUUGGUAUUGUCAUUCAAUCCGACGAUAAAACAGAAUUUAUUCCUAUUAUUCAUUCCUACACAUCAGCUCCUGUUCAAAGAAGUAUUUUUCUUGAUAAAUUUUUAGAUACUGGCGACUUCUGUAUCAUUAUUUCUCAAGGAACAACUCGUAUUCAUCAAAAAAAAGAUGAAACACAUGAAACACAAACUUCUGAUGAUGAUGAUGAUGAUGAUUCAUCUACAGUGGAACAAUUAAAAGUCAUAGAGCCAUCACAAAAGAUAGCAGAAUGUUCUCUUAAAAAUAUUCCAUCUAAUGCAAAAAUACAGGUUACUAUUUAUGUAGAUUUUGAAUUAAAAACCACUAUUACAAUACAACUUGUUUCGCCUUUUUCUGCAGAACUUGUUAAAGGAGAAAUAUUUAUGCAGCAAAAUCUAUUAUAA